CCCCACCAUCGAUUCGGUUCUCUAGUCCCGAAGGCGAACACGCAGUCUCCCUAGGCUCAUCGCUGGCUCUGUUCUGCGUCGCGUCUGGCCAGCCACCACCGAAGACCACUUGGACUCGGGAUGGAAAGCCGAUUGACUUGGAUCGCUUCACCAUCAGUGAAGAUCAAGUUCAUUUGCGUCUUUUAAAAGUGGAGGAGAAUGAUGGUGGACGCUAUGCCUGCCUCGUGUCCAGUGACUACGGUCAAGCUUCACGAACGUUUGAUGUCAAAGUUACAUACGCACCGAGACUAGAAAGUGAUGGGCAAUUGCAAUACAGUCUGGAGCGUACAGUUGGUGGUAGUGCUUUGUUGGAAUGUUUGGUCUCUGGAAAUCCGCGGCCAAAGAUCACAUGGUUCAAAGACGGACAACCGUUGGAACAACUUCCAUACCGUUAUCGCUUGAUCAAUCAAGACCGCCAACUGGAAAUUAUUGCAAUGCAACCCACCGAUGCUGGACGUUAUCGUUGCGUGGCCAAAAAUCCAUUCGGGCAGAUCGAAGUGAAUACGGAUGUGGUGGUCGGAGGUAUGCUUUGUGAUUCUCAUUCGUCAAAUAGUUUUAUUGUCCUUUUUUUAAAGAUUUCACACGUUCCUUAA